AUGUCAGAUGCAGCUAUGGAUACCAGCUCUGAAAUCACCACCAAGGACUUAUAUGAGAAGAAGGAAUUUGUGGAGCAUGCAGAGAAUGGAAGAGAUGCACCUGCUAUUGGGAAUGCUAACAAAAAAAAUGGGGAACAAGGGGCUGACAAUGAGGUAGAUGAAGAAGAGGAAGAAGGUGGGGAGGAAGAGGAAGAGGAGGUAGAAGGAGAUGGUGAAGAAGAGGGUGGAGAUGAAGAUGAGGAAACUGAGGCUGCUAUGGGCAAAUGGACCACUGAAGAUGAUGAGGAUGAUGUUGUGGACACCAAGAAGCAGAAGACUGAUGAGGGUGACAAGACAGCAAAAAAAGGAAACAUUAAACUUAAAAAUAAAAAAGGCUGCCAUGAUCUAUUCUCACUCCACUUCCAGUCUCAGAAUCUAAACAUGGUCACCUUCAAAAUUGUGGGAAAAACACAAGGCCCUAGGCGGGCCCCUAGUGAAGCCAGUGACAAGGAUGAUGCCUCAGGCCUCAGGCACCACCAUUACCUCUGCAAGCACUCACUGAGACGUCUUAACGGCUUCCAGGUCCUGGAGCAAGGCCAUGCAUGGGUUGAACGCACGUGCACCCUCUGGUGCCCCUAG